AUGAAGGUGUUAUUUCUGCCUCAUACAAGAUCUAUCUAUCUAUCUAUCUAUCUAUCAUUUAUCUAUCUAUCUAUCUAUCUAUCUAUCUAUCUAUCUCUCUCUAUAUAUAUAUAUAUCAUCACAGCGGUCCAGCAGCACAUCAGUGACAUCUAUAUCAUUCAUCUAUCCAUCUAUAUCUAUCUAUCUAUCUAUCUAUCUAUCAGCCUAUUCUUAUCUAUCUAUCUAUCUAUCUAUCAUCAUCUAUCCAUCUAUCUAUCUAUCUAUCUAUCUCAGUCUAUUCUUAUCUAUCUAUCUAUCCAUCUAUCUAUCUAUCUAUCUAUCUAUCUAUCUAUCUAUCUCAAGUAUGUUCACAUCUAUCUCAGUCUGUUCAUAUCUAUCUAUCUAUCUAUCUAUCUAUCUAUCUAUCUAUCUAUCUAUCUCAAGUAUGUUCAUAUCUAUCUAUCUAUCUAUCUAUCUAUCUAUCUAUCUAUCUAUCUAUCUCCAAUCUAUCUAUCUAUCUAUCUAUCUAUCUAUCUAUCUAUCUAUCUAUGUGGACACUGGGGUCAACACCGAAUAUUUUUUGUUUCUCUUGUCGCUUCGUAUUUUUUGUCGUCAAAUUAUCUCGUCGUCGUCGUCGUUGGACCUUGUUGUUCGCGACCGAUCCACUUGACCAACGGACGACCGGCUCCUCCCUUUUUGCGUUGGGAACGUCUUCGCCCGUCCCCUUACUCGCUUUUACUUACACGCUGUUUACGUGCUUUAUUUGAUGAUCUUUAUUUUUUCCCCCGUCUUUCUUUCUUUCUUUCUUUCUUUCUUUCUUUCUUUCUUUCUUUUCCAUCACCUUUUCUUGUUUUAUUACUAUCUUGUCUCUCUUCUUUCUUUCUUUUUGGUUUUCUUACCUUUUAUCCAUCUCACAUUUUCUUUCUUUCUUUCUUUCUUUCUUUCUUUCUUUCUUUCUUUCUUAUCACCACUUUUAAACUAACUUACGUUGUUCCAUAA